UCUAGAGACCCCGCCCCCAGGCCGGGCCUCCUGGCCCCGCCCCGCGAGGAACUUCCCGCUGGCGGCGGCGGCGGAUGGUGGCCGCGAGGGUCCGGUUCGCGCUCUCCCAUGGCGGAGCGGGAGGAUGUCGCUGGUGUUGGGGUUGCUGUCGCACACGUUGAGCAGGGUGCUGUGGUACUCCGGGCUGCGUAGGGGUUGCCAUGCCCCCCGGAAUCAAGCCAUGGAGCAGGACAAGGCGCUCGAGGUUUACGAUAUAAUCCGUACUAUCCGGGACCCAGAGAAACCUAAUACUUUAGAAGAACUGGAAGUGGUAACGGAAAGCUGUGUUGAAGUGCAAGAGAUAGGUGAAGAUGAGUAUCUUGUUAUCAUCAGGUUUACACCAACAGUACCUCAUUGCUCGUUGGCUACUCUCAUUGGCCUUUGUUUAAGAAUAAAACUUCAGAGAUGUUUGCCUUUUAGACAUAAGCUGGAAAUCUACAUAUCUGAAGGUACACAUUCCACUGAAGAAGACAUCAACAAGCAAAUCAAUGACAAAGAGAGAGUAGCAGCUGCGAUGGAAAAUCCAAACUUGCGUGAAAUUGUGGAGCAGUGUGUUACAGAGCCUGACUAAUAGCUACAAUACCCACAGAGUUAUCAUUUUGAUACAUUUCUUAAAAUAUCUUUUGCUUAAAAAAAAAGAAAAUAAUAAUAAUAAUCAAGGCCUUGAGUUUAAUACUUGAGUUCUUUUUAUCUUCCACAUGUUUUUUAAAAGAAAUUGUUUAUAAGAUAGAUUUAAAUUAUGAUGAAUUAGUCUCUAAAAUAAAGUGAAGCGUAUAGUGUUAAGAGUUUGUAAUUUCUGGUGUCCAGAGAAAUAUUUUAUGAUUAAAAACAAACCAACACAUAUGUAUUGCCUUCUGAUUGUGAUAUAAAUUCAGUUUUGCAAGUUAAAUUUCUACAUUGUUUCAAUCACUGCACUGUAAAAAUAAAACGGAUUCUUGUACUGAAA